AUGUCCCAAAACGACCUGUUCCAGAACCUUUUGCGACCCGCCGUCCUCCACAUCCUGCGCGCGACGGGCUUCCAUCAUGGCAAGCCAUCCGCUGUCGACACCAUUGUAGACCUCACGGCGCGUUAUCUGUCUUUACUGGCGGAACAGACAGCCUACAAUGCCUACUCGAACCACAACGACCUCACGCCCGACAUCACCGAUGUGCGCAUGGCCAUGCAGGAUUGCGGCCUCCUUGUGCCGACCAUGACAGCCGGAGAAGAGCUAUGGAAAGAGAUUUUGCGGAAGCCGCUAGAUGAGUACAAUGCAAACACAACCGCUCGCGAAAACGAGGAAGAGCGACGCGACGCCGAGGACACAGCGGACGUGAAGGAGUUCAUCGAGUGGGUCCAGGGCGAGCAGAACAAGGAAAUCAGGCGGAUAGCAGGCACAUACAAGCCAGUGGCGACAAAUCCAACUGAACAGCUAGACCAGCUGGAAAUGGAGGAUUAUUUAAAUACUCUGAUGAAGAAACACAGUAAGACUGGUGUUGAGUCUCGCUUUCAGGGGACCGUGUUAGGUGUCCCCGCAGAACCCAAGACUGUCAAGAUCGAAGGAGGAGGGGCAGAUUCGAUCGAAGACUGGUGUCGGAAGACACGCGAAAAGGCUGCCAAAGCAGCAGAGUCGAAGCGAGAGAGCCGCGAACCGACGAGCCACGUAGUAACGAGGGAGCCAUCAGAAGACGUGGUCAUGGAAACGGAGUGA